AGUUGUGAGAAUCCACUUUCUGAUGAAUCAUCCGGCGAUGCAAACCCAGGCUUGAGCCACGAUAUUUAUGAAGGUUAGAGCGGCAGUCUAUAAGAUCGACUCAUCUCUCUCUUGGGAUCCUUUUCAAACCCAGAAAAGCACUCAUUUUAGCGCCCAAAACCAGAAGUUUACCACUCACACAAAGACACCCAACCAUGGUCUCUUUACCAUCCCUCGCACCAUUCCCCCAGUCAUCAUGGCGACAGCAUCUCUCAUCCAGCGAAUGGAAUACACUUCUCCAAUCCUGGACAUCUAUUUGCCGUGCCAUUCUAUCCCUUUCUGAAAAAGACAUCAAGGCAGCCUUGGCCCACGACGACUCCAUCGUAACGUUCCUGCUCUCCUUCGCAGAGGAGACAGCAGAGGCAGGCUUCACAAUACUAGACUCUCACUCGACAACACUACCAAAAGCUGUAUUUCAGCUCGUAUCCAGAGUCUUCAAUGUAUAUCCGCCACCUCAACUAUUCGAUUAUGCGUUUUUGGCAAACAUCGCAAGGAUGUUCCCCAGGAAAGCUACGGCCGCUCUCAUUGCACAGCUCUUUCAGCGACAUGCUGCUGCGCUCGAGGCUGCAUUGACUGCCCUAAAGAAGCAACUUAUCCUACAGUUAGAGGCCGGUAUCAAAGGGGAUUUGAAGAGCGUCGAAGCUCGUUUGAUAAGACUGAAUUAUCUUUUGCAUGCUUCGCCGGAUACCUGCACUUUGUUCCUUGCGGGAUCUGAUUUUCUCGAUGGCCUCAUCGUGUGCUUCCGCGUCAUGAACCCUCCUCUACGCAAAGUGAUAUUGGCCACGACGUAUUUAUGUCUGGUUGGGUUAAUAGGUACUAAACCAGCCAAAUGGUCGAUGCUGAGUGAUCAACUAUACGCCCUCAAAGAAGCGGCUGAUGCCCACAAGGCUGGCCCUCUCAAUGUCAACGAUUCACUGGUCCCUGAGCUCAUCACCGACACCCCCCUCUUGAAGAUAUUACUACGGAGGGCGGAGGAUUCUGGCGCAGCGACCGAAAAUUUCAAGAAGCGAAUUACGGCUUUGGAGAGCUACAGAAAGGGAACCAUGGUCCGUCCCAAACGACUUAGAAGAAGGAGACUGGAUAAAGGGAAAGGCAAGAUAUCACAGCAAGAAGUGAAUGCCGACUUUCACGUUCAUAAAAUGAGCCAAAUCACUCAGGUUCAGGAUUUGUUUCCCGAUUUAGGAUCCGGCUUUGUGUCCAACUGUCUCGAUGAAUACGGAGAGGACGUGGAGCAGGUUGUUGCCAAUUUGCUAAGUGAGACUCUACCGCCUCACUUGGCGAAUGCUGACCGCAGUGAGUCCUUGUCAUCACACCCUGAAGCAGGACAUACAGAGCUUGCACCGCGAUCUACUCCGCCUCAGGUUCCCACGCGACACAACGUUUUUGACGACGAUGAUUUCGACCGCCUUGCCAUGGACGUUUCUAAGGUUUCAUUUGGAAAGAAACCAGCCAAGAGCGCCGACGAGAUGCUCAAAGACAAAGCAAACGCGCCUAACAAAUCGGCCAUUCUCUCUGCCCUCGCGGCAUUCGAUUCUGAUGAUGACGAACGCGAUGAUACUUAUGAUGCUGACGAUGUGGGUGGCACUGUUGACGCCUCCAACCAGGAGGCCGACGCUGCGAGCGACAGCAACGAAGAGGCACUGUUUCGUGCGUACCAGAUGGACUCAAAGCUGUUUGACCGUGAUGCUGGCACAAGGCGAGGUAACCUGCGAGCCAAAUUGCGGGAAGAAACUGGAAUGACAGAUGAAGCCAUAGAGGGAUGGGCCCUCAUCUUAGUCAGGAACCCGCAACAGAAGCGACGAUUAGAGGCCAAGUAUGCCUUUAGUGGACAACAAGCGCAGCUAGGACGCACAUCUUGGCGAGCGUCUCCAGCUGGCUCAGGAGAAGAAGGAAGCGAACCUGACGGGGGAUCAUCGAGAGGUGGCAGAGGUGGUGGACGAGGGCGAGGUCGAGGGCGAGGUCGUGGAAGAGGCGGCAAUGUUGCGGGGCCUACAGGCGAGAAAGAGACAGAAAGUGCUAGGAAGAACAAGGAAGCCAAUAAGGGGUCUCGGGCGAACCACAAUAGACGCGAUGCUCGAGCAAAGAAGAUGGCACGAGGGGGUUUCGCUGGCUGAUCAAUCACAAGUUCUCUGCUUCUUCCAUCUACCUGGAGCCGGUGCGGCAGCUAGACAAGACGUUCUUCUUUUUCGGGCCUGAGUUGGCGCAGUUGCUUCUGACCCAUACAGAUCACCAAGAUCAAGCUCGGUAGCAUAGGGGCUCUUCAUAUCUGCUAUCAUGGGAGUACCAGGAUAACCACUGGGCCCUGCUGGAGAGACGAUACCGCUGAGAGAAACCAGAGUCUCUUCGAUGCCCGAGUAGCGGUGGUAAUCCUUUGGCGUAGCUAGCUCUGAGACAGCCUCAAUAGAGGUCAGAUCCUGGUCGCCAUCACCUGUGCCCAUUAUCAUGCUUUGGAGCGACAUCCGCGAACUCCUCCUGCUACUAUUGAGGUACACCCGUAGAUCGAAGCAUUGACGACAUGAUGGAUGUAACGGAAAGCAGUUUGCUUCAUCACGAUGCUGCGGGAGUUGAGGGCGUGACUGCUGCCCACACUUUUCCUGGAUGUCGUCGAAAAUGUCUGCGAUGGGAGUGAAGUAGGUCACACGUUGUCCAGGCCCCCAAUAGUUAUUGCGACCCCAUACAUGACCGAUUAGGCCAUUUGUAUUGGCGUCAACAACUCCAGCGCCACUGUCACCGUUGACACCAAUGCCUCCACGUAUCCAGGCAUCCUCAUCCUCUUGCGGCCAUGGUUCCUCGAUAAACCACUCUCUCGUAGCCUUCUGCGUCUGGUUCUCUACCCCAGAUACAUACGCAGGGAUCUCGCAAAUCUGGCCGCGCUGAUAACCAGAUGUUCGACCGCUAGACAGAACAUCUGCACCUGGCACAAUAGCGGUUGUAGUAGCUAUGGUUGGUUCCUGAGUUGGAGGUUGGGUUUCUGAAGGGAAUUUGCGAAGGAUGUUUGCUUGUGAAGUACGGGCACCGAUGAGAGCCCAGUCUGUUACGACAAGAGGCUUAUCCAUAUCACACUCAUCCCAAUAAGGAUCAUGUGAAAUUCUCGUUGUCUUGAGGUUCAGACCUGACGUGACCUCGAGCCUACCAAGCCUGAAGUUCGUCUCCUGGGCCAUGGCAUCAUGUCCCUCGUCAAUGCAUCGCUUGCGAUCUUGGGAUGAUGGAUGCUCAACCUCCACUUGAGCGAGCUGUUGGUAGGCCUCCAUGAAGGGAUGAAAGUUGCCCAACCAAUAACUCCCACCACCAACGGUGAUGCAAGGACCAAGAGUAGCAGUGCUAUCUUCAAACACCCCAUUUCCUGUCACACCGAUACUGUCACCCAUGCAAGGAUAGCGAAAGAAGUAGGGGUUUCUCGGGGCGCAAAUAUCGUCCUUAUGAUCUUUGCCUAGGCCACGAGCCCAGGUAACGGUACGAUUAAUCUCCCCCUGCGUAAAAGCAAACGUGACUAGCUUGGAAAAGUUGCUGGGAAUAAGAUCUUGAACGUGGCUAACAAUGAUGAUCUUUCGAGCACGAGAAAUAGUUUUUGGGGCCAUGAUACAAAUUCGCCGAAUCUGUGGGGAUUUGCCUCGAGUGACAGUGACUACGUGACGGGGCCCAACCCAGAUAGGCAGAUAUUGGGAAAGAAAUGGAAGAAUGGCGUGUUCGAAGACAAGAGGAAAGCUCGUUACUUCUAUACACCGUGAGGCUCGCCCUCUGAUCAGGUCUGUUGGACUUUCUGCACUUCGUGGAGUGCCUCUGAUAGUCAGCCUGUGAGCUAUUGAGGAAAGGGAGACUUGAUAACCUUACCGGCAUUCUUCCUCGCUCGCUUCUCCACGAGGACCUGUAGGCGAUCUUGACAUUGACGCUUCGUCUUAACCAUAUCCAUAGACAAAUCUGUGCCAUGAUCUCUGUUCUUCCUUUUGAGAGACGCAAGAGCAGUCGUGGGCUUUUCAUUUGACGAGGACCUGUUGCCCGUCGCCAUGCUAGCUAUCAUCUUUGCUGGAAGCUCCCAUUCCUUUGCAUCAUCUCUGCCAUCCUCGGGGUGAGCCAUGGCUAUGUGGGACUGAAGAAGGCGAAUGUUCUGGAAUGUCGUCUCUGUGCAACCGGGUGAUGGACAAAUGACAAGAUGUUUGACUUUGACAUGGUAGAUAAGUCCGUCCCUGGUGGAAAAGCUCGACUGGUCACAGCCAGCCCAGUUACACAGAUAAGUAUGACAAGAUUUGACGUGGGAUUUGAGGUCCUUGUCAGACGAGAAAGCUCGUUGGCACUGAGGGCCAAGGCAGACGAAAGAAGGCGUCGAGUUAUCAAUGCUGUUAGUUCGCCCACCUCGACUUAGUGGACUCGGACCUCUUGAGCGACCUCUACCGUUACGGACGGUCAUUGCAUCACUGAAUUCGGUCGGAACAGAGGAGAAAAUGGAACCAGUAGAAGAAGUAUCGGCACUGAUGGCAGAAAUCGUACUCAUCUCUCGCAUAUCGAUUUCACCAGACCAAUUGGUACAAGGCUCCAGGCCCAGCUCCAACUUGGCUGGUGAUGCAGACCGAUAGCAGUCAAUAUUGAAGUCGGAAUGAAUCGAUUGAAUUGGCUGCCGGCAGAAAUCAAAAGACAUGAGAUCGGGAGAGACAGUAGUCUUUGACAUCGACAAAGCAAUUGAAGCCGGCGUCGUGGGAGGCGUCGAUACUGCUUGAACGGUCCGAUGCCGGACUGUGGGGCCGUGGUAAUGGCCGGGACCGUUGAAGUUAACGGCCCCGCGAUGGUCCUUGCGCCUGAGGUUGUUCAUUGUGUGAGUUGAUUAACUCACAAUGGCUUUGUGAGGCUGCAAUUGAGGAAAAACACGGACAAAGCAGACUUUGAGGGGUCGAACAAGGAAUGGAGAAAAUGCAAAACAUCCGGCGGGAACUGGGGCCUUCCUUUGGUCAUAGGGGACUGUGGUUGCCUGAAGAAAGCUUGCGGCCUCUGCAGAGGUGGGCGAACCACUCUGUCUCUGAGAGGGAGUACAUUUUGUGUAAGCAAGUAUAAGUGGUUAGGCUGAUUGAUGAUGCGGGACAUAAGGUACAGGGGGAGGGCCCAGGUGAACUAUGUGGAAAGGAAAUAAAACACGAAAACGAAGCCCAAAAGACCACCAGCAUUGAUGGCUGAUAUUGUCACAAACAUGUUGGACUUGUUGACUACUCUUCGCUUCUCUUUUUCUCUUUCCUUAUCACGCAAAGUACGUUAGGCAGACUGGCGAUACCUACUUAGUAGGACUUCUGGCCCCCGACUGUGUUCGAUCAGCCCCUCACGAUUUGGGAGAAGUCCGCAGUUUCAUAGGUAUUGGUUUGUGGUAUAGUGCAGGGGUGUUUUGUGCCUUAUGGUAAUUGUCGUACUGUAAGAGUUGCUCAUACUUCUUAUUAUUCAUUGAGUUAUUAUUCUUGAUUACUUGUCUCGC